ACUCCCCUUCCCCUCAAAAAUUCUUUUUCAAGAUUUCAUUUCUUUUUUUCCCAUUGCUUCUUCUAGGUAAUAGUGAUUGUGUUUGUGAGAGAGAAAAUGGAAGAAAUGGCUUCUUUAUGGUGUUAUCAAGAGACCAUGGAGGAAAUGAGACAGAAGCUAGUGUACACUAAUCUUGAGCUUGAACAAUUGAAGGUGGAAAAAAGUGAAGAAAUGAGGAAGAACAAAGAAUAUGUGAAGCAAUUAAUCCAACUAUUAAAGAUGGUUUGUCAAGAAAGAGAUGAAGCAAGAAAUCAACUUGAGAAACUACUCAACAAAAUAACUUCAUCUCAGUUCCAAGUUGAUAGUCCUAUUUUGAAGGCAGCAAAAGCAAAUUCAAGCAUAACUGAAUCAAACAGCCUGUCUGAAACAUACAAUUAUCAGUCACAUUAUUCAUCCCCGGUCGAGUCAUUUUUCGAUGCAGUUUCAUCACCUGAGUUUUCCAACAACAACAUGGCUAAUUCAAAUGCAGUACCCUAUAUGAAUCAGCCUUUGGCUCAGGAUUAUAAGGUUGUCCCAGAAAUUGAUCAGGCCACAUUGAUUAUUGAAAAUCUUGUAAAGGGGAAACCUUUACCACAGAAAGGGAAACUAUUGAAGUCUGUUAUUGAAGCAGGGCCACCUCUACAGACACUUCUUGUAGCUGGAUCACUACCUCAAUGGCGCAAUCCGCCUCAGCUUAAGCCGUCUAAUAUUCCACCAGUUUCCAUUAAAGGGUGUGAAACUGAGAUGGCAAAUCAGAAUCUUGCUUCAAGAAUAUUGCAUUCUCAGCCUUAUUUUGAUAUGUCAUGUGGUUCUUUACAAAUGGUAUCUACAUCUAUGUUGAACUUUGCUAAUUUUCCCUCUGGUUCUUGUUUGGAGAAUCAGAGGUUGAUAUCUUCUGGUGCAAAUAUGAACAACUUUGUUGUCCUGGGAAAGAGACAAAGGUUGCAGUAAAACAAGUUGAAAAAUUGAUGCCUAUGCUUCCAAUUUUUGUACAAAGAAGAUUGCUGAGUGUUUGUAAAUGGGAUAUACUGAUUUUGAGUUUGACAGUAUUAGCUCUUUUUGGUU